AUGAAAACUUUUGCGUUGUGUAUCUUCGUUACAAUUUUGGCUGUAGCUCUUGCAGAGUGUCCUGCAAAUUCUCACGAAGGAUGCGUUCCUUGCUGUCCGAGUCCAACUUGUAGAUAUAGGAAUCCAGAAUGCCCUAAAGACAAAGUAUGUACACAGCAAUGUACGUUUACCUGUCUAUGUAAUAAGGGUUAUAUCUACGAUGACAUAGGAUUUGUUGUUGGCCUAGAAUGUCCGGCAAAUUCAUACCAAGGUUGUGCCCCUUGCUGUCCAGAACCAACUUGUAGAAACAGACAUCCAACUUGUCGCCGUACAGCCUGCAGUUUUGAAUGUCGCAUUGCCUGUGUAUGUAACCAAGGUUUAAUUUGGGAUGACAUUGGUAUAGUAGGUGGAUGUAUUCAACCUUCAAGUUGUCCUAAAAUUGGUGGCUACUGA